AUGAUGUGCUCUGGGUAUGCCAGCGUUCCCCAACAACCAAUCACGGCUCUCCCUGCAAAUGUCCAAAUAUUGGGAGCCCCUCCUUCCUCCUUGAAAUUCUACCUGGGCCUUCUCCGUCCUGCUUUGUGUGAGUGUCUUUCACCAUCAUUGCCUGAGGAGUGUGGCAAAUUCUCUGCCUUCUCUGAAAUUCCACCUGGGGCCUCUCCUCCUUGGUCACCUGAUCAAACCUGUCCCCUAAGGGCUAAGCAUGUUUUCUUGAUCAUCUAUUUUACAGUGUUAGAGGCUGCAAAAGCAUUUUUACCCAAAAUUGCCAAAGCUAAUGAAUCUAUUGCUGAGAUGACCCCAGACGAACUCAACAUUGAAAAUGCUGAAAGUGAUGAUGAGCACGUGGAAAUGAAUUUGGCUCUGUACGAAUAUGAAACCAGUGAAGCAUCUUCAGAAGGAGAGACCGAUGAUGAAGUUUAUGAUUUGGGAGAACUUAAUGAAAAUAAUUUUCAAAUACAAAAACGCAACAAAAAACUCAAACACCCAGUUAUUGAAGUUCUGGACUCUUCACAAUCAGAUAAAAACUCUUGA